CCAAGGUAUUUUGUGAACCAGGAAACUCAGUUCACUCACACAAUUGAGUCUGAGCAUAACUGCAUACGAAUUUACUAAUGACGAUGAUGGAUUUACACAUAUCGACGCAUUUAUUGGGAUAGUGAGGGAAUAUAGAAAGCAUCAGUAGAUUUGGGUUACAAUUGUCUUAUAGUGAAUACACUACAAUAAUAUUUGAACUGUGUCGGUCUAGCCUUAUCAUGUCAGACAUAUUAAUCUUGGCAUUUGUGAUAUCUAUUCUAUCUCAUGGAUAUUAUGUCGGAGCAAGUGUCAGGUCUGCGAGGGAUGAGGUGAAUUUUGAGUCUGUAAAUCUGAAUGUAGACCUUUCUCGAGUACUCAAGAGAGUGAACGAACGUUUUUUGUCUGUGGCCAUAGAUGCGAGUCUCGUCGCUGAAGAGAAGUUCAUGUACCUUUUAACGUCUCCAAAGCUGAGGACAUUGGCUAAAGCUUUAUCCCCAGCAUUUCUAAGAUUUGGAGGGACAAGACAAGAUUUCAUGACCUUCAACCCUGCAUUUUUACAUUCAAAUGAGUAUCACAAAAACUAUGUUUUUGAUGCAGAUGAUCUCUGUGAAAGGCUGGAGCUGCCCCCAAUACUGGAGGAGAGGCUGAAGCAGGAAUGGGCUUUACAGGAAGUACUUCUCCAGAAAGAGGACUUGCAGAGGAAGUACCGGAGUGUAAAGUUCACAGAGUAUGCAGUGGAUCUACUGUACUCUUUUACAAACUGUUCUGGAUUAGAUCUUAUCUUUGGGCUCAACGAGCUGCUCAGGACCACUGGCAACUCCUGGGACAGCAGCAAUGCCAGGACCCUCAUACAGUACUGUGAAUCCAAACAGUACAGCAUGGCCUGGGAGCUGGGCAAUGAGCCCAACAGUUAUGAGAAGAAGGCAGGGAUCCGGGUGAACGGAUACCAGCUGGGCCAAGACUUCAUUCAACUCCGCAGGAUUCUGCGGGAAUCCAAACUUUACCAUGACACUGGACUCUAUGGACCAGACAUUAGCCAACCCCGAGAGCACCGGAGAGACUUACUGGAGGGGUUCUUGGAAAGUGGGGCAGAAGCAAUUGACGCAUGCACCUGGCACCAUUACUAUGUCAACGGAAGACACACAUCUUUAAACGAUUUCCUAGAUCCUGAGGUGCUAAACACUUUAGCCCUGAAAACACAUGAAGUCAUGGAGACUGUUGAUCUGGCAUCCCCUGGGAAGAAGGUGUGGCUUGGAGAGACUAGUUCUGCCUAUGGAGGCGGGGCUGAGGGGCUGUCUGACACAUUUGUCGCUGGAUUCAUGUGGCUGGAUAAACUGGGCCUUGGUGCAAAGCUUGGCUUAGAUGUUGUAAUCAGGCAGGUUUUGAUUGGAUCUGGGACUUACCACCUGGUAGAUGAUAACCUCAAUCCACUUCCUGAUUACUGGCUAUCAGUUCUGUACAAGAGGCUUGUUGGACCAGAGGUGCUGAGUAUAGAAGCCUUUUCCAUUUUGGGAAAGACGAAAAGAGUACGGGUCUACCUACACUGCACUAACAAGAAAAGUACAAGCUACAAAAGUGGAGCAGUCACAUUGUUUGCUCUGAACCUGAGUAAGAGCCCUGUGAGGAUCGCUGUGCCUGCCAUGGUCUCUAACAGCACUGUAGAGGCCUUCGUUCUUCAGUCUGAACAGCCUGGCGAGGAGGGACUCUACUCGAAGUCUGUGAAACUCAACGGAGAGGUGUUGAAGAUGGUGGAUGACCGAACUCUUCCAUCGCUCCAGGGAACUCCUCUUGCUGCAGGAGAACAUCUCAGACUCCCUGGUUAUUCCUUUGCCUUCUAUCUCCUCAGCGAGGCCCAGGCACUGGCCUGCCGAUGACCCCAACUGGAGAGGAGGACUUGGAUGUAUAUUCACUGUCUUGACUAAGAAGGAAACACUUGACUAUUACUCUAAACACAGCUGUAUGUUUUUGCCGAAGAAUGUUAACCAGGUGAAUGUGGUGAAAGGAUUCAAUAUAUAUAUUUUUUAAUAACUUUGUUUUCAGCUACAGGACCAGUCAAACGUUCCUUCAAGACUAUUGAAAAAGCAUUGCAGGUGAAGCUGGUUGAGAGAAUGCCAAGAGUGUGCAAAGCUGUCAUCAAGACAAAGUGUGGCUACUUUGAAGAUUCUCAAAUAUAAAAUAUAUUUUCAUUUGUUUAACA